AUGGAGAAUCAAACAGAGUGUGAGACCUCUAGUGGCGACCGAGAAAAUCCUCCGUUCGGGAAGAAGAAUCGAGAAGAGGGUCGAGCUUCUCCCAGGAGUUCUCCAGCUGGGUCAUCCUCUUCGAGCCGAGAUCCGAGAAAGUUAUUAAAACGAGAUGUGCACAAUCCGAGUAGGGAAUGCCAUAGCCCGAUUAAUCCUGACAGCGAUCCGAGCAUAAUGGAGGUUAUUAGAAAUACUGAGAAAAGUGAUGCUAUCCCUCACCUGCUUCCAGAAGAGAAUUAUCUAAUGGUCGCAAAAAUGAUGAAGUGUGAGAAAUCGGUACAGACUGACCAGGAGGUAGACAUGUUGAAAGAGUUAGAGGGUCAAACUACCCCUUCUAAAUCUACUACAGGAGUCAGGAUCAUACCAGAUUUCCAACCAGUUACGAAGAUGAUCCAGAAAGAGGACGGGAAGAGAAGUAUGAUUUCUCCAGAACGAAGACCAAAAAAAUGGAGCAGGCUGGAUAGUAGGGAUAAUCGGAGUGACUCUGAAAACAUUUGUAACACUCCAGAAGGUUAUAUUAAUUGUGUAAUCGUGGAGGAUAAUCGAUGCUGGAGAUUUACGGGUUUCUACGGAGAUCCAAAAACUGCUGACAGAAAAUUUUCUUGGGAAUUAUUACGCAAACUUCAUCAACAGGUGGAUAUUUGUCAUCUCCGCUGGCUGACCCCAGUCUUCUGCUCAAAGGAUGCUUUACGAGAAGUGCUAGAUUUUUGUGAACUUCGAACAAUCUUCAGUGAAGGGGACCCGUUUACUUGGGUUAACCGGUUUGUUGGGACCUCUACGUGGUGUGAUCUUUACCCAGCUGCUCGAGCCUGUAAUCUUGAAUUUUUUGGAUCUAACCACAAGCCAAUUGAAAUUACGCUUGGCGAGAGAACAAGGCUAGUAAUCAGAGGUAAAGUUUUCUUUCGGUUUAAAUCUUGUUGGUUAAGCGAAGAGAACUUUGGAAGUUUUGUGAAAGAAGGAUGGCGAAUGGCUGAUACCUCCUGCCCAAUUACUACAAAAUUGGCAACUUGCAGUGAUUUCAUCACAGCUUGGGCGGGGUCCAGUGGGUUUCUGCUCUAUCUGAGGAAGGAUUGGAGAAGGCUCAGCGAUUUCUAA